AAAUAGCUGUGAGACUUCAGGAAGCUUCCGAAAAAAUGGCUGAAGUAGUUUCACCAAUAACUCGACAAGUCAGUAAAGAAAACCGGGACCUCGGAGGAACUUCUGUCGAUAUUCGCCUUGAAGACGUCGAGGAUUGUUUAAUUUACGACCGCCAUGGAGUCUCUAUUCCGUUCAAGAAAUUAUAUCAAGACAGGAAAUCGGUCAUAAUUUUCGUGCGGAACUUCCUGUGCUACAGCUGUAAAGAGUAUGUGGAAGAUUUGAGCAAAAUACCUGAAGAAGCCCUGGAGGAUGCUGACAUUAGACUGGUUGUGAUUGGUCAGUCUGCUCAUCAUCACAUAGAGCCGUUCUGCUCGCUGACGGCGUAUCCCUACGAAAUGUAUGUGGACCCGGAGAGGUGCAUUUAUCAAAAGCUUGGGAUGAAGAGGGAGGAGAAAUAUACAGACUCAGCUCACCCUAGUCCCCACGUGAAGUCUGGUAUGUUUAUGGGACAAAUGAAGAGUAUAUGGAGGGCCAUGACCAGCCCUGCAUUUGACUUCCAGGGUGACCUACAUCAGCAGGGUGGAGCCAUCAUUGCAGGGCCAGGCUCUCAGGUUCAUUUUUCCCAUUUUGACUCGAACCGCCUGGACCACAUGCCCAUUAACUGGCUCCUGCAGCUCGCUGGAGUUCAACAGACUCUGGACUUCAGCGAUAAACCAAAGAUCAUCCAUGUGUAGCCAGCUGGUCGCCUGAAUGUGUGCUUCGCCCCCACAUUGCUGUUAUUAUCACAUAUGCACACAAGUUCGUAGAUUUGUUUGAACACUUGUUUAUACAUCUGUUCAUAUUUGUGUCCCAAGUAUUUCUGGAUCUAUUGUUUAUCAUUUCUGUACUGGGCAGAGACUUGACUGUCUUGCCAAAAACCUUGAAUAGAUCUGAAACACGCAGUCUAUGUUGAGUGUGAGAGUUAACUGACUGUGAAAACGGUAUUUUGAAUCUUAACUCAAGGGCUUCUUACUAGCUUUUUCCAGAGCUUCCAAGCACAUCUCAUGGGGCUAAUGAAGUUAAAAUGAAGACCAUGGGGUGUAAAAAAAAAAAUAAUUAGAAAGAGAAGGCGUGUAAGUUCUUUGAGUUAACAUUUUGGAUCUGAAAACAUUAGUGAUGUGUGUGUAAGAGGAGUAUGAAUGUGCUGUUUUUGUUUAAUUUUCUACCUUUUCUAUCUAUAUUAGGCUACUAAGUCUUACGUUGUGUAAAUCUGCUUCCAUACUAGUAACAUGGUUGUGUGGUUGAACACUUAACUGAUGCACUGAGCUUAAAGUCUUAUUUUGCAUCCUCCUAUCCACGCUGUUUAUUAUAGUAUAAAUAAAGUUGAAUUGCUAUU